GGGGGCGGGGCCGGAAGUGCCGAGCGGAGCGCGGGGCCCGGACCGCGGGAGUCGGACCGGAGUUCGCGGGUCGGGCCGCCGGGCCAUGAGGCGGGACGUGCGCAUCCUGCUGCUGGGCGAGGCCCAGGUGGGGAAGACGUCGCUGAUCCUUUCGCUGGUGGGCGAGGAGUUCCCCGAGCAGGUCCCUCCCCGAGCGGAAGACAUCACCAUCCCCGCCGAUGUCACCCCGGAGAAGGUGCCCACCCACAUCGUGGACUACUCAGAGGCCGAGCAGACGGCGGAGGAGCUGCAGGACGAGAUCCACAAGGCCAGUGUGGUAUGCAUGGUGUAUGACGUGUCCCAGGCGGCCACCAUCGAGAAGAUCCGAACCAAAUGGAUCCCACUAGUGAACGGGGGCACUGAAAGGGGACCCAGGGUCCCCAUCAUUCUUGUGGGCAACAAGUCAGACCUGCGGCCCGGGAGCUCCAUGGAGGCCGUGCUGCCCCUCAUGAACCAGUACCCUGAGAUUGAGACCUGUGUGGAGUGCUCGGCCAAGAACCUGCGGAAUAUCUCAGAGCUGUUCUACUAUGCCCAGAAGGCCGUGCUUCACCCCACUGCUCCGCUCUAUGACCCUGAGGCCAAGCAGCUCCGGCCCGCCUGUGCCCAGGCGCUCACACGUAUCUUCAGGCUCUCCGACCAGGACCUGGACCAGAUGCUCAGUGACCAGGAGCUCAAUGCGUUUCAGAAGUCCUGCUUUGGGCACCCGCUGGCCCCACAGGCGCUAGAGGACGUGAAGACUGUGGUCCGCAAGAACGUGGCAGGUGGUGUGAGGGACGGCCGGCUGACCCUGGACGGCUUCCUCUUCCUGAACAUGCUCUUCAUCCAGCGCGGGCGCCACGAGACCACUUGGGCUAUCUUGCGGCGCUUUGGCUAUGGGGACGACCUGGAGCUGACGGCCGACUACCUGUCCCCGCCCCUCCACGUGCCGGCUGGCUGCAGCACUGAGCUCAACCAUCUCGGCUAUCAGUUUGUGCAGAGGCUGUUUGAGAAACACGAUCAGGAUGCAGACGGUGUCCUCUCGCCCUCGGAGCUGCAGAGCUUCUUCAGUGUGUUCCCGGCACCCCCGUGGGGCCCUGAGCUCCGGUGGGCUGUCCAUGUGGAGCCGGCUGGACUGCCCCUGCAUGGGUACCUCUGCCAGUGGACCCUGCUGGCCUAUCUGGACGUGCGGCGCUGCCUGGAGCUCCUGGGUCACCUGGGCUACCCCACCCUGUGCGAGCAGGACUCCCAGGCCCAAGCCAUCACAGUCACCCGGGCAAAGAGAUUGGACCAGGAGAAGGGGCAGACACAGAGGAGCGUGCUCCUAUGCAAGGUGGUGGGCACCCGCGGGGUGGGCAAGUCUGCCUUCCUGCAGGCCUUCCUCGGCCGCAGCCUGGGGCACCCCGAUGCCGGGGACGCGGCCGGCCACACCAUCAACACGGUGCAGGUGAACGGGCAGGAGAAGUACCUGAUUCUGUGUGAGGUGGAGGCAGACAGCCUGCUGGUAGCUACGCCAGACGCUGCCUGUGACGUUGCCUGUUUGCUCUUCGAUGGCAGUGACCCUGGGUCCUUUGCACCCGUUGCCAGCAUCUACAAGCGCUGCUUUAUGGAUGGCCAGACCCCCUGCCUGGUGGUCUCCUGUAAGGCAGACCUGCCUGAAGGUGUCCCUCCACCUGGCCUGUCUGCGGCCGAGUUCUGUCUCCGGCAUCGGCUGCCUGCCCCCACCCCGUUCUCCUGCAUUGCACCCAGCCCUGCCGUCUUCACCCGGCUUGCCACCAUGGCCACACUCCAACACCUCGUCCCAGGGGAGCUACACACCACUUCCUUCUGGUUCCGGGUGACCCUGGGCGCCAUCGGGGCCACUGUCGCUGCUGUGCUCAGCCUCUCCCUGUACCGGGUCCUGGUGAGGAGUCGAUGAGUCCAUCCAGCCUGCUGCCCACCGUGCCCCCGACACAGGAACGGCCACCCUUCCCUGGGCAGUGUGGAGGGACUGCACUCAGAGAAGCCAGUGGCCCAGACCCUUGUUCUCAGGGCUCCAUGUCCCCUGACCGCAGUGGCCAGAGGGCAUGGAGGGGGUCUCCACUCAGAUGGCACUGUCCCUCCUUUGGAAACCCCUUUCUAAAGAUGACUUUUCUUGAC